CCUAAAUCCUUGACCUAAGCUAGGCUAGGUUCGUGGGAGAGAAGGCGGCGAUCGGGGACGAUGGAUGUGGUGACCAGCACGCAAAUGCUCGCCGGCCAGGGGAUUGACAAGGUCGUCGUGCAUCCGCUCGUUCUCCUCAGCAUUGUGGACAACUACAAUCGCGUCGCCAAGGAUACGCGCAAGCGAGUUCUUGGCGUGCUGCUGGGCGCUACCUUCCGGGGCCGUGUGGAUAUCACUAACAGCUACGCAGUACCGUUUGAAGAGGAUGACAGGGACCCAAGCAUUUGGUUUUUGGAUCACAACUAUCACGAAGCGAUGUUUGAUAUGUUCAAGCGGAUCAAUGCGAAGGAGCACGUUGUUGGAUGGUACAGCACUGGUCCCAAACUACGUGAGAACGAUCUUGACAUUCACGAGCUCUUUAGGAACUACGCUCCUAACCCGGUCCUGGUGAUCAUCGACGUACAACCCAGGGAGCUCGCAAUCCCUACAAAGGCUUACUACUCCAUCGAAGACGUCAAGGAGAACGCCACGCAAAAGAGUCAAAAGGCUUUCGUUCAUGUGCCAUCGGAAAUAGGAGCUUACGAAGCUGAAGAGAUUGGUGUCGAGCAUUUGCUACGAGAUGUGAAGGAUGCUACCGUAUCGACACUCGCUACCGAGAUUGGAGCAAAACUACAAUCCCUGAAAGGACUUGAGGCGCGACUGAAGGAGAUACGUGCAUACUUGGACAACGUUGUUGAAGGCCGAUUACCAUUGAAUCACGGGAUUCUUUACCAUCUUCAGGACGUUUUCAAUCUGCUCCCCAAUCUAAACGUCCAGGAACUCUUCAGAUCUUUUGUUGUCAAGACGAACGACAUGAUGCUCGUCAUCUAUCUCUCUUCUCUUAUCCGAAGCGUCAUCGCUCUACACAAUCUCAUCAACAACAAGAUGCUUAACAAGGAACACGAGAGACUCGCGGAUGCUUCAUCAGCUGGGUUAGUCAUAACAGCUUCAGCGGGCAGCUAACUUUUCACCCAACUAGAAAUCUUCUUGCGACGGUGGUGCCUCGUCGUCGGUGUGCAAAAACCGGUAAAACUUUCCAGUGGGAGGAAUAGACUUGGUGUUGGAUUUGUACAAGCGGCCAUCCCACUCGUAGAAGAGAUUGAGGUUAUCAACGAGCUUGUGGAAAACGUUGCAUCCUUUACACUGCACGAAGAGAAGCUUGCGUGUUUGCGGAGAGGAAAGAUGGAAGAAAUGGAAGAGUUUCUACCUGGA